CAGUAGCCCGGACGGCUCCGUCUCAUCCCGCAACGUGAGUGAGCGUGCUCGGCUGCGACAUGACCAGAGCCCCGCAAACCUGGCCAUUCAAAUAUGGAGCAGUUUAAAGCGAUCAUUUCGGUGCUUUGGAUAUUAUUGCUCAACAGAAACGAGGAGUCCCGUGCCGAGGAAGUUGUCUUGCUGAAUUCUAAGGAGUCCCAGGCAGAGCUGGGUUGGACAUCAUAUCCUUCUAAUGGGUGGGAGGAAAUCAGCGGUGUGGAUGAGAAAUACAAGCCCAUUCGCACAUAUCAAGUAUGCAACGUGAUGGAGCCCAGUCAGAACAACUGGCUCCAGACGGGUUGGAUAUGGCGGCAGGGCGGCCAGCGCAUCUUCAUCGAGCUGCAGUUCACCCUGCGAGACUGCAACAGCAUUCCAGGCGUCUCCGGCAGCUGCAAGGAGACAUUCAACCUCCUCUACGCCGAGUCCGACUGGGACCUGGGCCGCGUCACCCGCGAAGACCGCUACAGCAAAAUCGACACCAUUGCGGCGGAUGAAAGUUUCACGCAGGGCGAUUUGGGAGAGCGCAAGAUGAAACUUAACACAGAAGUCCGUGAGAUAGGACAUCUCAACCGCAAAGGAUUCCAUCUGGCCUUCCAGGAUGUGGGCGCGUGCGUGGCGCUGGUUUCCGUGAGAGUGUACUACAAACGCUGUUUGUCAACGGUGCAGAAUUUAGCAGUGUUCCCGGAUACGGUAGCUGAAGCUGCCUUCUCGACUCUGGUGGAGGUGAGAGGCUCGUGCGUGAAUAACUCUGAGGUGGACACGGACAGUCCUCCCAGAAUGCACUGCAGCGCUGAAGGGGAGUGGCUGGUGCCCAUCGGGAAAUGCAGCUGCAGCGCUGGGUAUGAAGAGGGACACAGCAGCUGUGAGGCCUGUCCCCCGGGCACCUACAAGAUGUCGUCACGGCAACAAGAGUGUUUCCCGUGUCCGACUAACAGCAAGGCUGAAGAAGAGGGCUCUGUGCUGUGUGUGUGCGAGGAUGACCACUUCAGAACUCCACUGGACCCUCCGUCUGCUCCGUGCACCCGUCCCCCUUCUCCACCUCGAGAUCUGGUCUACACCCUCAAACAGUCCACGCUCAUUCUAGAGUGGGCGCUCCAAAUGAUUCGGGCGGCCGAGGAUCUCACCUACAGCAUAGGCUGCCGGCGAUGCGUCGGCCCCCGCGGGCCCCCGCAGGUGCAGUGUGAACCCUGCGGAGCCAGCGUGGGCUUCGUACCACAGCAGAGCGGCCUGACAGAGCGCACAGUCACCGUAGUCAACCUGCUGCCCAAUUCCAACUACUCCUUCAGCGUGGAGGCCCGGGCGGCGUCUCGGAGUUACUCCCCCAACAAGAGGUUCUACACGCAGGUCAACAUCUCCACCAGCCUUCCAGCGCCUUCCCAGGUUAACGAGCUGCGAGCGGAGAAGGUUGAGCAGCGCAGUGUGACUCUGGUUUGGAGAGAACCGUCGUAUCCCAACAGCAGCCGCACUGAAUACGAGAUCAAAUACUAUGAGAAGGACCAGAAAGAUCAGAGUUACUCCACGGUGAAGACGGCUGCCACCAGAAUCAGCGUCAACAACCUGAAACCAGGCACUACCUAUGUCUUCCUCAUCCGCACCUGCUCCAGCCCAGCACUUUCUUCUCUUUCUUCCUCUCCUCUUUCUUCCUCCUCCUCCUCCUCUUCCUCAUCCUCUUUGUCUCCAUCUUCCCCGUCUGCUUCCUCUUCCUCCUCCAGCCCCGUGGCAGCUGUGUCGCCCCCUCCGCUCGACUACGGGGCGUACAGCACACCUCUGGAGCUGCAGACGCUGGGGGAACUGGCCCUGGCCUCCAGUGAACAGAGUCCUGUGGUGAUCAUCGUGGUGGUUUCGGUGGCUGCUCUCAUCAUGUUGCUGACUCUUGGAGUUGGACUGCUCAUCUGGAGAAGUGGCUUCUCCAGACCCUCCAAUGUAGCUCCUACUCGUGUGGUGCUGCUCUCUACCUCCUUCUCUACUCUUCCUCCUCCUCCUCUUCCUCCUCCACGCAGCUGUCUCCCAGGUACAGGCAUGCCUGCACAGUGUGGCUACAGUAAAGCCAGCCGAGGCGAUGAGGAACUCUACUUCCAGUUUAAGAUCCCAACCAGAAGAACCUACAUUGACCCAGAAACCUGUGAAGAUUUGCUUCAGGCUGUUCAUGCAUUUGCCAAAGAGCUGGACAUCUCUAGCAUCAAGAUCGAGAGGAUAGUCCAUACAGGAGACUUUGGGGAGGUGUGUCGAGGAUGCCUGAAGCUUCCCAGCAAACGCGAGUUGCCUGUGGCCAUAAAGACCCUUCGUGCGGGCUGCUCGGAAAAACAGAGACGCUCAUUCCUCAGCGAGGCGGGAAUUCUGGGACAGUUCGAUCAUGCCAACAUUGUGCGUCUGGAGGGAGUCAUCACCAGAGGCAACACUAUGAUGAUUGUGGUAGAGAGCAUGGCCAACGGAUCCCUGGACUCUUUCCUGCGGAAACAUGAAGGUCAGUUGACCGUUCUUCAGCUGGUGGAUUUGCUGAGCGGAGUGGCAUCUGGGAUGAAGUAUCUGAGCGAGAUGGGUUUUAUCCAUCGCCGACUGGCCGCUCACAAAGUCCUGGUGAACAGCAGCCUGGUCUGCAAAGUGUCAGGCUUCAGACCUCUUCAGGACGACAAAAUAGAGGCGGUCUACAGCACACUACACGGAGAGAGUCUGGUGUUGUGGACGGCUCCAGAGGCCAUACAGUACCAUCGUUACAGCUCAGCUUCUGAUGUGUGGAUUGGUAUUGUCAUGUGGGAAGUCAUGUCCUUUCGGGAGAGACCGUAUUGGGACAUGGGCAACCAAGACGUAAUAAAAGCUAUAGAGGAUGGGUUUCGGUUACCUGCUCCCGUGAACUGCCCGCCGUCUCUGCACCAGCUCAUGCUGGAUUGCUGGCAGAAGGAGAGAACGAGACCCACCUUCACCCAGAUCCACAGCGCUCUCAGCAAGACCAUGAGGAGCCCGGACAACAUCGGGUCCUCCACCCUGGGACGCAGGACCCUGGGCUCAUCUGUAUCCCUAGCAGAGCGAACGCUUCCCUUCCCUUCAUUUAGUUCAGUAGGAGAGUGGUUAGAAGCUGUAGACAUGGGCCGCUACAAAGACAACUUCACAGCCGCUGGAUACUGUUACCUGGAAUCAGUGGCUCGCAUGACCGUUCAGGACGUGCUGAGUCUCGGCAUCACCUCUCUGGAGCACCAGAAACAGAUCCUGUCUGCCAUACAGACUCUCAGAGCGCAGGUUAUCCAGAUGCACGGCCGAGGAGUGCAAGUCUGACAGACCCACAGCAGUGCGCUGGCUUACCGAGGAAAGACAUAUGGAUGUCUGUUCUCAUAAUUACCCAGCAGGCCAUUCAACGGUCAGGAGGUGAUAACCAAGACACUGCAAAUGGCGUUUUUCUUCCUAAUCUUCCCUUUUUCAUUCCUUUUAUCUUCUCUUUGGGUGAACACUGGUUCUUUUCUUCCACAAACAAGUUCUUGUUUUCUGAGGGGGACAAUGUCACAAGCAAGAUGAUUCCUCUAGAAUAACCUGCGUGCUGAUUGCUUUUCUUCCGCUGUUCAUCAAGACAUAAGAUCUGUCCGUAUUAGUAGGACUUUAAGAUGGUCUGUGCCCUCCGUCACUGUCCCCGGAGAAGGGCAGGUUGACUCUGACCGAUCUCAGAGCAAUCAAAAGGGCGGCAUGUAUUUUCUUUGUCCAAGAAAAAGAACUCAUGCUUUGUAGCCACUGAUCCUCCUAUAAAGUGGACUAAACCGAGAGCAUGUCAUCCAUAGAACAUCUCGCUGUAUCUUCAGGAAAUAAGUACUGAUGUAAGGAAUCUUAAAAAUGUAAAUCCCUUUCUCCGUGUGUAUUCUUCAUUUGGUUACUGUCUACUUUUUUCUUUUUGCUUUCUUUCCUCCACACUUUAAACUCAUUUCUGAAUUUCCGAGUUGAAAUUAGUAUUGUCUGACAUCUGUACUCGUAAUGUUUUUCUUGUUCUGUCUACUAUAGGGACAAUGUUUGCACUGCGGCGUCCAUGACUUACAGAAACUUGUACCAUAUUUAUUAGAUGAUUUAUUUAUCCGUUUACAGAUGCUUACCGGAGUUUGAACUGAAUCUGGGCGUUCAGGUUUCGUUUCAUGAAAACGCUCUUUGAUUUCGUUUGUGUGAUUUAAUUUUUUCCUGCACUUUGAAAGCGAGUGAGUCAGUGGAUGUGACGGGGAUGUAUACACACAUACAUUCACACGCUUACAAAUUUCAUUACACUCCGCAACAGCAGGUGUCUGAUACUCUCGGACAUGUUUAGUACUUGGUGUUGGCGUUUCGUACAACGGAAGUGGUUGUUCUUAAACGAGAAUGUUCUGAAUGUUCUAGUGUUAUUGAAUUAAGAAUACUGUGUGACGCGAGCGUGUGAACAAGAUUUGGUUGUGUUUGAGCAGCAUUGAGUAAAAUCCUAAUUUACAGUUUGAUCAUAGAAACAGGUUGGUGCAAAUCUCAUUAGCAAAGACCGUAACAAACAGGCUGGAUCUGGAUUUUGCCACAAAUACAUAUAGUACAAAACAAAUGACUGUUUUUUGUUUUUUUUUCUCAUAGUCGAUUGUUCUUGAUUUUUAGGAUAUAAACAAUUAAAGCUUUUUGGAAUUUAACGAUAAGAGUAUCAUUUUCACUCUCUCUGUUUUAUAAUUACACACAUACAGAGAUGCACAUUUGUCAUUAUUGCAGCCAUGUCGUAUGUGAAUGUGGCAUAACCCGAAUUAAUAAUCACUACAAAAUCUAAAGGACAAAGACAUGCUGUACUCUAAUGU